AGCCGCAAAGCAGGGCUGUCGCCACCGUCAGCUAUAAUGAACUCCUACGACACUCAGGAUAAAGCUUCGGUGGAGCGUGAGGAUGAAACCACAGCUUGGAAAGGUCACUUUUACGGCGUAUACUUACUCUGCAGCCAGAGCCUGGAUCCACGCUACCGGGGCAAAUGUUAUGUGGGUUUCACAGUAAAUCCGCAACGUCGGAUCCGACAGCACAACCGUGGAUGCGACUUUGGGGGAGCCAAGAAAACCAGCCGAAAAGGACCCUGGCAGAUGGUGAUGAUUGUGCACGGCUUCCCCAACAACAUUGUGGCUCUGCAGUUCGAGUGGGCGUGGCAGCAGCCAUCACUUUCCACCCGGCUAAAGAUUUUUCCGGAAUUGAAGCGCAAAAAGCCCAGGGAAGCCCACUUUGACUAUAACUUUAGGAUUCUAAGUCGAAUGCUGUGCGUGGGGCCGUGGAAUCGGUUAACUCUGACGGUUCGCUGGCUGGAAACGGAUUACGAGAGGGGAUUUGAAGUGUCACUUCCGAAACAAAUUGAAAUUGUUAGUGGUAAAGUUACCGUUACCGCCUCGCAGCGUAAAAUAGGCGGCACUGUAGGUGCUCCUACUCCGGUUGCCUGGGCACCCGAGUGUCAUUUGUGCAUGCAGGGUAUCGAUCAGCCGGAGCGAUCCCGUUUGGGCUGUACGAAUGUCACUUGUCGGCUCACAUGUCAUAUGUUAUGCCUGGCAAACUAUCUUUUGGGAGAUGAACCCGGUCACUAUAUCCCAGUUGGAGGAGAAUGCCCGCUGUGCGAGACUCGUCUUAGUUGGUCGGGCCUGCUUCAGCGAAAGCGUCUGCUAUUGGGCUUGCCCGAGGAGCUGCAGGAUCGAGAUGAGGCAGAGGAAGAUCCAAGCGAUGGACCCGACGUGGAUAGCGAUGUCGAGGAGAUAGAGUCGGAAUGUGAAUCGAACAAUUGAGACUACAUUACUGCAGUAUU